CUCACCGUCUCGUGGCUAUCUUCUGCUGUACAACACCAUCCCCUCAUUCGUUCCUCCUCCAAAGUCUCCCGCCCGCUAAUAUUACGACUGCUCCUUAACUCUCGCAGCUAGCCCUCCUGCUCGUCCCCGUCCGACUCGCGUCAGGUGUCAUCGACUCGCCCCAUCACCCAUCGUUUGACUACAUCGCGUCGUCCAACGGUUCUGCGUCGUCAUGGCCACAUCCCUCUCCCAGCUUUCGGCGUGCGUCACGCGCAUCCUCUCGCUCACGGGCUUCCCAAAGGAGUUGAAGACGAAGGACAUCCAGGCGGCUUUCGCUGAAUGGGAGAACGUGAACGGGGGAUUCAAGAUUAAGUGGAUUAACGAUACGAGUCUCUUAAUCGUUUUCAAUGAUGCCAACGUCGCCAAACGCGCUUACCUCCAUGCAUUGGCAUUCCCUCCCGCCGGUUUCAACUCCCCCAACUCGACGCAGACGACGGUGGUUAAGCCAUAUGACGGCCCUGACGCUCAGGAAGUGAUCAAGAAUGUCAAUGCGCGCCAGCACAGCGGCAACGGACGCGGCCACAACGUCCGCAACUCUGUCUCGCACAACCGCGGCGUGUCUGUGAGCACGCAGCGUGCCGGGAACAAUGCGAACGGCGCCCCUCGAGACCGCGAGCCCUCGCCAACACUCCCAAAUCUCCCCUCUCACCCGACUCUGAAUGCGCUUAUCUCGUCCUCACUCGGGAGCGAUGUCACGUCCGUCGACCCGACCAUAAACGACCCCGCGGUGGUUGCUGCGAUGCCCGACCACGGGGCGCCGCGCAUCGGCGACCCCGGCAAGAGGAUGUUGGGCGCUGCGCUCGGCAUGAGGCACCCCAGCCUUCCCCCUCGUGUCGUAGGCAACGGUAUGGCGGAUAUGCAGAGGGCGAUGGGUGGGCUGAUCGUCGCGGAGUAAAGAAAAUACCUCCCGGUAGAUGCGAACAAACAGGCUUUGGAGGAUUACGGGUUGGUCAGGAGACGGAGGAGCUGUGUGAAGACUGGCAUCGGUCGAACUGCACUUGUCGGAUGUGUGUCAUAUCUCCCAUGCACAUUCUGUGAAAUCGUCGUCGUCGUCUUUCGUGUUACUCUCAACUAAUCACUGGGCGCGGGGCAUCCUGCGGUGUUGUUACGUUCCCUUUUAUUCAGCCGCUUCCGCGCGUUUUCACAUUGCAUCUGUAGGAUAGGCUUACAUUCGGUUAGUAGAACCGGCUGCAGCAGCGCGUUGUAGUGCGUAUUCUAUCCGCGAUAUUCUCCAGUGAGCCGUCUCGGUGCGAAUGGGUUACGGUACUGCCCGUGGCAAGAAACCGC